AUGGCUCUGAGCACUUGCCACGCCGGCCAAGGUCUCGUGGCCGUGCUCCUGAUUACACGCUCGAGGCCAGGACCGAGACUCGUAUUCCACUACCCAGAAUCUCCCAAUUUGAGUCACGCAGAGCGCGCUGUUGCCGGAGAGGAUGACGACAGCGACUCCGACAGCGAUGAUGAGAAGAACCCUGGACCCUCCGGGAGCGGCGAUAGCCCGGUCGAUAUACGACAUGUUGAUGACGAAGCUUGUUCGGAGCAAGUCUUGGGCCAUUCGGUCGAAAGUCUCGAGAAGCUAUUAUCGCCGGGCCGCUGGUGCGAUGGAAAGCGCUUUGAGGUCUGUGUCGACGGCCUCACCUUUCUAGGCCAUCCGGUCUACGCGCCCGAAGACGGCAACUGGUCGCCGGAAUUACGAAAGCAACAAGAGGCCGCGAAAGCCUCUAAACACAGAUAUGGAGAUUAUCAUAUGUACCUAGACCCGGGCAGCCUCGCUCCUACGCCUCCAGAAAGCUUGCCUCGAGCAGGAGGCUUCACGCAUGUGCCGGAUAGCUUUGACUCGCAGAUUGGCCGGGCCUUCGGCACUUCCAUGGACAGCACUUCGACUUCUUCCGGGAGGGAAGCAGAGCAGAUGUCAAUGUUUCAUGUUGUGUUCGCACUGCGCUCGUACAAGUCUGGCAGCCAAAAUGGAGCAAAGGCUGUGUAUCGGGACGUUGCGAAGAAGUUGAGCAAGGCCUUGCACUACUGCCAGAAGCAAUCAAACUACGUCGGCGUUGAGAGCCGUAAGCUGCUUGCUUUGAGGGCGAAAGCGAAACAGCAAAACCUGUCCAGGACUACCCUUUGGACGCAGAUGGUCGAGACAAGUGAGCUUACCUGGGCACUCAAGCAAAUCCACGACCGCAUCUCGCAAGGCGAAGUUGCGGGGAUCAGACUAAAUGGAAUGGAGAUGUCACUAUUCAUCAAUCCAUCUCCUCGCUACCCACAGCAAAAGUUGGAGCCUCUCUCUGCACUCCUUCUCUUGGAGCCCAAGGAGGCUCUCCUCUCCGAACUGACCCACCCGGACGCCGCGCCGCUUGCACACUUCGUCCGAGAGCACACUCCGACCAAGAACUUGCAAAAGCACUCUAACAACCUGGGAAUACCCAUCAACGACAUCCUCUACCUCGCGCAGCAUCUCCUCAAAUGGCGCAAAGCGCGAAUCAUCACGCCUCUCCACCAACGCAACACUUACGUCGUCAGUCCCGAUGCACCGCUUGACAAACUUCCUACCCUCAUAGAAACCUACUCAAAGACCUUUCCGACACUACCAAGUCUACCGAACAUGAUCAAGGCUCUGAGUGGCAAGCCAAUCAAAUACGGUCUGCUGGUGCCCAGUCGAGAUCACCGGAUGACAUACAUGGAUAUUCUCGGCUUCCUCGUCAGGCACGGCCUCGUGGUACAGUUGAUGACCUACGGAUGGCUGAGAGUCCCCAGAUAUUUCGCCACUGAAUCAAACGACCCAGCCAAACGACCGCUGCCCGUCAGAAGCCUGCUCUCACCUCGUCUGAGGCCCGCCGCCGACGAAGAUGCGGUGAGCGUCAGUUCAGAGCGGACAGCAAUUGCCCUGAGCAGUGUCGGGAGAUCCACUUCCUCCAAGAGAUUGAGCGAUGGGACUCAAAACCCACAACAGCAAUCCGAAGAAGUUGCAAAGAAGGAUGUCGUGACUAUCGCCGAUCCCGUCAAUCCUUCAGAGGAGGAAGCCAAGAUUAUCGCCGCGAUCACCGCUUCUCUGGCCAACGAAGAGAUGAGAGAUAAUUUCCCACUGUUGCUCCCGCACCUGGACGGCGAGCAUCCUUUUGAGCAGAUCGCGGCAAGGCAAGGCAUGAAGACCGCAAGGGUUGAGGAAUGGCUGAAUGAACUGGACAGUAAAGGGUUGUUGAUGACGGUGCGAUGUAUUUGA